AUGAAUAUCGACAUUGAUGAUAUCCUGGCGGAUCUCGACAGAGACACGACGGCUGUCGACUCUUCGCUGAUCUCGCAAGCGCACAAUGAUACAACGAUUCUGGGAAGCGAUGGUGAUGAAAUCAACAAACUCCGGCAAAUCACAAAUGUAUCACCGGUGGAAGACUUUCAAACACUCAUGACGCAUUGGAGAAACGAACGGAUGAGUCCCGAGUUGCUCCCAUUCCCGCAUUUGCUGAUGCAGCGAACGCUACGCAGGGUCCAAGAGCAGAUCGAGCACAUCGAAAUGCUGUCAAUGGGGUAUUUAGAUGAUGCAAGUGGGUCUGCAGAUACGGCAGACGGUAGAAGUGCGGCCCUUAUGAGCAAACUGCCGUUACUGGGCAUGGAGGCAGAUUUGGAACGGCUGAAAUUUGUGUUGAGGAGUUUUUUGCGCUGCAGACUGGCCAAAAUCGACAAGCACAGCUUAUAUUUGCGUCAGUUCAGCGAGGAAGGCGCUGCAAUACCUUUGGAUGAGUUAUUGUCGCGACAAGAGCUGGAAUAUCACGAACGUCAUUUCGCCAUAUUGCUCAAGCUUUUGAACAAUUCGAUUCUACGCCAUCUGCCACCUGAAUUACAGGCGAUCGACGAUAACGAUGGAUCUGUGAAAAUGGUGGAAGAGCCUGAGUGGAGCCGAUUUGUGUUCGUCUUCGUGAACGGGCCAGACCCGAGGAGACAGCAAGAUCCUGAUCCACGCUUACUCGUCAGCGAAACUACAGGCCAGCAGUUCUAUCCGGUAACAAUAGAGGAGCUGCAAGAAGAAGCAGAACUGGCAAUCGGUGGAAUCUACGUAAUGCGUUACAAUGUGGUGAGAGAACUAAUACUAGAGAACAAGGUUCAAUUAAUAUAG